GUAGUCUCCACGGGGUCACCCGGUCAGCCCGUUUGGAUCCCCAUGUGGCAGCUGAUUCUCUGGCAGGUUGCUGCGGCGGCGCCCAGUUUCAAGCUGGGGCCGGAAACCGGCUAUGCCUUGGCCCGUUGUUUGGACGGCAGCCCGGGACGGUACUACCUGAGCCCUGGGUCCGGUGAUGGUGCUCUGAAGUUUCUCAUCUUCCACGAGGGCGGGGGCUUCUGUGACUCUGACGACUCCUGCCGCCAGCGCGCGGCCACGUCCCUGGGAAGCACCGCCUCGGACGCUGAGGAGAAGGAUCUGGAGAUCUUGGACAAUCUCAAGUUCUCCCGCAAUGCGGGGGAGAACCCUAUGCACAACUGGAAUCACGUCUAUGUGAGAUACUGCGACGGCGCCUACUACUCGGGCUCUCGCGAGGAGCCGAAGAACGUCAGCGGUCUGCCACUCUACUUCCGCGGGAGGUACAUCACGAUGGCGCUCUUCGCCGACCUGCAGAACAGGGGCAUGAGCAAUGCCACGGAUGUGGUACUUAGCGGCUGCAGCGCCGGGGCCAUCCAUAUCUUCGCGCACCUGGAUGCGAUGAAGGAGAUGGCGCCGCGCAGCGCCAAGGUCGUAGGCCUGCCUGACAGCGGCUUUUACAUGGACAAGCAGAUCUUCACCCCUUUGAAGAGGUAUGUCGUGACGGAGCAGCAGGCGACGGCGCUGCUGAAUCAGGACUGCGUCAAGCAGUACGACGGGGCAGAAGAGAAGUGCCUAGUCGGCAACGUGGUCGCUGCUUACUUGCAGACCCCAACUUUCGCUCUUCAAAGUCGCUACGACGACGAUCAGCAUCAAUGCGAGAUGGAUGAGGCCUGUCGCAACUCCAACGAGUGCAUCCAGGAGUAUGCGGCCAACAUGACCAAGGCCAUGCAAACUUAUUUGACGUAUCCCCAUGGGUAUUUCCUUGACAGCUGCUCCCGGCACUGCAGCUUCAACGAGCGGCCCGUGGAUCCGCAGUCUGGGCUCUCCCAACUGGAGGCCUUCGGUGCUUGGUACGCGGGAUCCAAUGCGACCUACACCCAGGAGCCCCACUUUCCCUGCCCCCAGUGCUGCCACGGCACGGGCACCUUUUCCGCCCAGAUCUCCUUCACAACAACCAGCCAGCCAUCUUCGUCUACCCUUAUUUCUUUGGUGUAUGCCUUCAAUAUGGCCCAUCAAGGAGUCCUAAUAUAAUUUCAUAGAUUCCAAUUGCGACCAAAGGCGGAAAUAAUCCUCGAAUUGGAAUCAUG